UGAGGGAUUUAGUGAGAGGGGAUGCAGGCUUGAGGGGGGCAGGGGUUCAGUGAAAGAGGACAACUGCUCAGUGGGGGAACAAGGGCUUUCUAUGGUAUCCUCCUAUUAAGGGAGGGUGACAGAAGUUCUGUAAAGGGAAUAAGAGCUUGUAGGAGAAAGGCUCAGGUGGAAAAGGGAAGGGCAGUGAGGACUUUGGGGGAAGAGGGUGGAAGGCUGGGGAGCUUGGGGAGACCCAUCAACAGCCCCUCUGCCCCCCACCUCUCUGCUGCUAACAGAGCAGGAUAAAAUACCUAAGGGCAAUGCUGAGGCAAGGGGCUGGAAAAGCACAAGCGAAGGCUGAGCCUCAGGGAGGCGGGGCGCAGCUUCCUCCUCGCAGAGAGGCUGGACCUGAACAAACCCAGCCUUCCACAGCUGUGGAAACAAAGCAAGGGAGAGACAGAAAGAGAAAGGGACCCAGGGAGACAGACACUUGGAGACACUUGGGGUUGAGUUUGAGCAGGAAUCCCUAACCUGUGCCUGGACGAGUCCGAUGUCCUGUGUGGCCCAAGAAGAACUGACCCAGUGUGUGGAGUUCUCACCAUUACUGCAGCCCUGCUGUGGCUCACUAGCUGCUGCCUCCAGGAGCCCCUGAGAAGAUUCGCUUCUUCUCCCCUGCUAAGCUCCAGGUCCUGAAAUUGAAUUAGGGCUGGAGCUCACUGCACCCUAGCAGUCAUGGGACCCAGGAUAGAACGCCUAACUGUUUGGGAAUGCAACCCAGCAGGUCUCAGCCUUAUUUUACCCAGCCCCUAUUCAAGACAAAGAUGGAGAUGAAGAUGGGGCCAGCGAGUGAGGGACCCCAGGUACCAGACAAGGAAACCAAGGCCACCAUGGGCACAGAAAACGCACCUGGAGGCAAAGCCAGCCCAGACCCUCAGGACGUGCAGCCAAGCAUGUUCCACAGCAUCAAGCUGUUCGUCCUGUGCCACAGCGUGCUGCAGCUGGCGCAACUCAUGAUCUCUGGAUACCUCAAGAGCUCCAUUUCCACAGUGGAGAAGCGCUUCGGCCUCUCCAGCCGGACGUCUGGGCUGCUGGCUUCCUUCAACGAGGUGGGGAACACAGCCUUGAUUGUGUUUGUGAGCUAUUUUGGCAGCCGGGUGCACCGGCCCCGAUUGAUUGGCUGUGGGGCCAUCCUUGUGUCCCUGGCGGGCCUGCUCAUGACUCUCCCGCACUUCAUCUCCGAGCCGUACCGCUACGACAGCACCAGCCCCGAGAAUACGCCACAGGACUUCGAGGCUUCCCUGUGCCUGCCCACAGCCUCGGCUUCAGCCCCGGCUCCCUCCAAUGCCAACUGCUCGAGCUCCACAGAAGCCCAGCAUCUGGGUUUGGUGGGGAUCAUGUUCGUGGCACAGACCCUGCUGGGCGUGGGCGGGGUGCCCAUUCAGCCCUUUGGCAUCUCCUACAUCGAUGACUUUGCCCACAACAGCAACUCGCCCCUCUACCUCGGGAUCCUGUUUGCAGUGACCAUGAUGGGGCCAGGCCUGGCCUUUGGGCUGGGCAGCCUCAUGCUGCGCCUUUAUGUGGACAUUAACCGGAUGCCGGAAGGUGGUAUCAGCCUGACCAUAAAGGACCCCCGAUGGGUGGGUGCCUGGUGGCUGGGCUUCCUCAUCGCUGCCGGCACAGUGGCCCUGGCUGCCAUCCCCUACUUCUUCUUCCCCAAGGAAAUGCCCAAGGAAAAGCAUGAGCUUCAGUUCCGGCGAAAGGUCUUAGCAGUCACAGACUCACCUGCCAGAAAGGGCAAGGACUCUCCCACUGAGCAGAGCCCUGGGGAGGCCACGAAGAAGCAGCAUGGCCCAGUCCAGAUUGCACCGAACCUGACUGUGAUCCAGUUCAUCAAAGUCUUCCCCAAGGUGCUGCUGCAGACCCUACGCCACCCCACCUUCCUGCUGGUGGUCCUGUCCCAAGUCUGCUUGUCAUCUAUGGCUGCGGGCAUGGGCACCUUCCUGCCUAAGUUCCUGGAGCGCCAGUUUUUUAUCACAGCCUCAUACGCCAACCUGCUCAUCGGCUGCCUCUCCUUCCCUUCGAUCAUCGUGGGCAUUGUGGUGGGUGGUGUCCUGGUCAAGCGCCUCCACCUGGGUCCCGUGGGCUGCAGUGUCCUUUGCCUGCUGGGGAUGCUGCUGUGUCUCUUCUUCAGCCUGCCGCUGUUCUUCAUCGGCUGCCCCAGCCACCAGAUUGCAGGCAUCAUCCACCAGCCCGGUGCCCAGCCUGGGCUGGAGCUGUUUCCAGGCUGCAUGGAGUCCUGCUCCUGCCAAUCGGACGGCUUUAACCCUGUCUGCGACCCCAGCGCUCAUGUGGAAUAUAUCACACCCUGCCACGCAGGCUGCUCAAGCCGGGUGGUCCAGGACGCUCUGGACAAAAGCCAGGUUUUCUACACCAACUGCAGCUGCGUGGCGGGGGGCAACCCUGUGCUGGCGGGAUCCUGCGACUCAACCUGCAGCCACCUGGUGGUGCCCUUCCUGCUCCUGGUCAGCCUGGGCUCGGCCCUGGCCUGUUUGACCCACACACCCUCUUUCCUGCUCAUCCUGAGGGGAGUGAAGAAAGAAGACAAGGCUUUGGCCGUGGGCAUCCAGUUCAUGUUCCUGAGAAUUUUGGCCUGGAUGCCCAGCCCCGUGAUUCAUGGCAGUGCCAUCGACACCACCUGCGUGCACUGGUCCCUGAGCUGUGGGCAUCGAGCUGUCUGUCGCUACUACAAUAAUGACCUGCUCCGAAACCGGUUCAUCGGCCUCCAGUUCUUCUACAAAACAGGUUCCAUGAUCUGCUUUGCCUUAGUUUUGGCUGUCCUGAGGCAGCAGACCAAGGAGGCAAGGACCAAGGAGAGUAGAUCCAGCCCUGGCCUGGAGCAGCAAUUGCUAGUGUCAGAGCCAGGGAAGAAGUCGGAGGACUCCCGGGUGUGAGCUGUCCUGGGGCCCCACCUGGCCAAGAGUGGCAGCCACAGCAGUACCUCCUCUGGGCCCUUUGCCAAAGAUUGGGUGUCAAGAGCCCUAUGUUCCAUUCUGGCUCCUCCACUAAAUUGCUGUGUGACUACGGGUAAGGCAUUGAUCCUCUCUGAGCCUUUGCUUGCUAGUCUGAACGUAAGAGUUGUUUGGGGUUUGCUGUGUUGGGCAUCUUUGAAGCAAGAGGGUCUUCCUCUUUAUUCCCCUAGUCAGCCAGGUCCAGGCUUUCUUGGGUGGAAGGACUGCAUACCUUUCCCUGGGGCCUAGGAUAGCGAAAUGGGCUGUAGUAGGCGAGGCUGCCCUCCAUGCUGGGCCCUAGCCCAGGUCUACACUCACCUGGAUCACCUUCUCUGAGCCUCAGCCUCAGUGGGAAUGGACUUGCCAGCCUUCAGGCUCAUUCAGCUGACCAUCUGUGCGGCUAGGGUACAUUCACGUCUCCUUCCCAACUCCAGCAGCCUUUAAGAAGUGGCCCUUUGGCGCCCCCUGGAGGCAGAGCACUGAGCCGGACUCUGGAUAGACCCCCACAGGGAGGAAGCAGCUGGCCUUAGGUGCAAACAUCCAGAUUUGGCAGGGCCUUCAGGGGGCCUGUGGUGGGGCCUCAGAAAGCCUUAGCUGAAGCGGGAAGACUCACUCUCCAACUAAGGAAGUUCUAGUCCUUGCCUUCGAAAAGCCACGGUUAAGGUGUGAGGCCCAGCACCUGUCUUAGGGGCUCUGGGUGGGCAAGUCUGGACCCUGGGGUAGGGAGGGAGAUUCAGGCCCAAACUUGGGUAUUUUCUAAUUUCAGAAAAACACACUCAGUGUGCACUCACUGAUCCCUACACAUUGCCAAGAUUUCAUAUAUGUGACCAGGGGCCACCAAAGUCUCUGCGACUUUUGUGAAUAGGAUCCUAAGUUCUCUGUUUCCUCCUGGGUGCCUGGGUCUGUGUCACCUGGGGCUGCAUGAAUAAUGUCUAGUUCUGUGACACUGUUUUUUCGGGAAUGGCACCUGGUUCUCCAGAUGCCUGGGCUGGCGUCAUGCCCAGGACUGUAGUGCUGGGAGCAGUAAAGCUCAGCUCUUUGUAAUAAGUGAUGCUAUGGCUUGCUUGGAUCUGAUGAUCCAAUCCUUUUCUACAUGUUUUGUUUUAUGGCUAGUCGUAUCUGGCCUGGUUAUUUCCCUGUGGGGAGGAGAGAGUUUGCUGAUCUUCUCCCAGCCCAACCUAUUGUCACUAUACACCCCACCUGGCUGGGACCUGCUGCUUGGGAGCAGCAGACAGGGAGCCACCAGCAGUGUGGCUUCCUGGCCCUGUGCUGGGGGCUGGGGGGAAGCUGGGGUAACAUGCAGCUCUUGCCUUCUGAGAAGCUCUCAGUGCUUGGGCUUUGAGACUUUCCCAAGUGAUAAAAUAAAAAGGGUAAAUUAGUUCCAUUUGUAAAAGGGUUACUCUCAUACUCCUUAUGUACAGAAAUCACGUGAACAGUAAAGGUUCCAUAAUGCAUUAAAAAAUAAAAUAAUAAAAAGGAAAGGUACAGAAGUUCCAAUUCCCUUUUUAUUUUGCUGGUUGGUAUCUGAAAAUGUUUAAAAAAUAUCUGAUCCUGUAUGUAUCAAUGCUAAGAAUUUCAGUCUCCUCCAACAAUAUGAGGCUUUUAGGAUAUUUAUAUUCCUUCUUCCUCUAUGAACACAUAGAGCAUUUUCCCAGGUUUUACAAGGGAAAAAAACAUCUGGAAUUAUAGACACAACUUACUAUUAAAUUUGUUUUUGCAUAAUAUCUCUUCUAUUACAAAAAUUCUUUCUUUGUAAACUGCAUUAGAGGUUUGCAAUGACCACAUCAUCUCCAUUUACUUAGAUUUAAGUUUUACCGGAUUCAUUGCUCACCAUUAUUGCUUGUAUAUUACAUCUUUUCCUGUCUUUA